UAUAUAUAGUGUGUGUGUAUAACAUAUUAUAGAGAUUGGAAUCAAGAGAAAUAGUUUGAGAUGAAACUGAAGGGUCGUGGAUCAGUGAUACUGUUUCCUUUGCCGUUUCAAGGCCAUAUAAAUCCCAUGCUUCAGCUUGCAAACAUCCUCCAUGAAAGAGGUUUUUCCAUUUCCAUAAUCCACACUCGCUUCAAUUCUCCUAACCCUUUAAACUACCCUCUUUUCAGAUUCUACCCCAUUCCCGAUGGAUUAUCUGAAAACCAUGUCAUUUCUUCAGAUCCUAAUCGUAUUGUGGCCUUCGUUAAGUUCCUCAACUCCAAUUGCCAAACCCCAUUUCGCGUUUGCUUGGCUAAGUUGAUCUCCACCAGUUUGGAAGAUGAAGAUCCCACUGCGUGCUUGGUUACUGAUGCUUUGUGGUACUCCACACAAGCUGUCGCUGAUGACCUUAAGCUUCCUAGGAUUGUGUUAAGGACCAGUAAUGUCUCGUCAUUUAUUGUUUUGUCCUCCAUGUCAUUGCUGUUCGAAAAGGGUUACCUUCCGUUGCAAGAUUCUGUGGCAGAAAUGGAAGUCCCAGAGCUUCCACAAUUCAGAUUCAAAGACAUAGCAAUGCUGGAAGCAAGUGAUAGGGAAAGCUUUCUUCAAUUCAUUGAGAUACUAGUUCAAGAAACCAAGGCUUCUUCAGGGAUUAUAUUGAACUCAUGUGAAGAUCUUGAGCAAGAAUUUCUAUCAAAACUUUCGUUGUUAUUUCCCAUCCCAGUUUUUCUCAUAGGUCCUUUCCACAAGUAUUUUCCAGCUUCAUCCAGUAGUUUACUGCCUCAAGACAGGACCUGCAUAUCAUGGCUAGACAAACAACAACCCAACUCAGUGAUUUAUGUUAGCUUCGGAAGCGUAGCGGCUAUAGAAGAGGCUGACUUCUUGGAGGUAGCUUGGGGACUGGCCAACAGCAUGCAGCCCUUUUUGUGGGUGGUUCGACCGGGGUUGGUCCAGGGCUCCGAAUGGCUUGAAAUUUUACCAAAUGGGUACUUAGAAAUGGUAGGGGAAAGAGCCCACAUAGUUAAAUGGGCUCCCCAACAGGAAGUUCUAGCUCACCCUUCAACGGGAGCAUUUUGGACACACUGUGGGUGGAAUUCAACACUGGAGAGCUUAUGUGAAGGGGUCCCCAUGAUCUGUCAGCCAUCUUUUGGUGACCAGAAGACAGACUCAAGAUUUGUAAGCCAUGUAUGGAGGGUUGGGGUUCAUUUGGAAUUCAAGAUAGAGAGAGGGGAGAUUGAGAGGGCAAUCAGGAGAUUAAUGGUGGAACCUGAGGGACAGGAAAUGAGAGAGAGGAUCAAGUUAAUCAAAGACAAGAUCAAUCUUUGUCUAAAACCUGGAGGUUCAUCUUACAAAUCUUUGGACAAUUUGGUUAGUUACAUACUUUCUAUGUAGUCCAUUAAGUCUCUUAUGUAAUAUUUUAAUAAAACAUUUAAACCCUUAUAUUUUUUAGAGUUAUAUGGACUAAA